AAAAGUUAAUGGUAAAGGUUCAGUUUCUACUUUAUCAACAGAAACCCUCACAGAAGAACCGACUCAAGAAAUAAGUCGAAAUUCAAAAGUAGUUGAAGAAGCUAUUUCUAGCAUCUCAGCGAAAAAUCUGGUCUGA